CCCCCUCUUCUGUCCCUCUGCCUUGUCAUUCCUCCUAGACACAGAGAAAACAUUUCUCUCCUCACUCUCCGAACUGAGCUUCUCACACUCAAAAGUUACAGACUGGGCAUAAACCCUAUGACCUAGGUUUAAAAUGUAACAGAUCCUGUCGCUCACUGAGGUUGGAACAUUAUUAGAUGACCUAAUAUACCACACUAAAGUUCCUUCCUCAAAUCCUUUACUCCAUGUAUACUUUCUGAAUCUUCAUCACCACUGUCAGUUGGCUUUUUUUAAACUCCUUGUCAUGUCAUGUCAUGGGCAGAGUCCAAGUGCCCUGCUUACAUCACUCAUUGUUUUUCAGCUGUCAAUGUUGGCCUUGACGCAGCCAUGAUUAACACCUUCUGCCAAUUUGUUAUCGAAUGUGCCACCAUUCCAUAACUCUUAGCAAACAGCUCAGUUGAUUAUACCAUAUUUUGCUACUAUCCUUUGUUUAGCAAUAACUGUACAUCCUUGAAUUCUUGAUCCUUGACUUAUUCUUUUUACCUAUAUUAGCAUCACUAGACAAGUUCCUCACUGAGUAGUCUCCACCCUUCUACUGCUCCCCUUAUUCCCCCCAAUUCUUUCCUGCUCUUGAUACACUGUCAUGUGGUCCACCUUCGUCGUGCAGGACGAGGAGGCCAGGUCCACAGCCAUAUCUGGCAGAGGGACUGAAGCACUAUCAGGAAUGUUAGGUGUGCAAAGUGGAGGAUGCAAGCGGCGGACAAGAGUGACCUCAUCUUCCCUAAGUGAGCAGCAGGAAGGCAAGAUCAAGCUAGUUUUCCUUGUGGCUACAGUGGGCAUCACUCUGACUCUCCUAGGGGUGGGCACAGAGUUCUGGGUAGAGCUGGCAUCAUCAAAAAACCUUUACAACAACGAGACAUGCCUAGCUGCAUACUAUGGCCUGUGGAAGAGCUGUAUGAAGAAAUUUUGGGUUGCUGAUGUCGACCCUGAGCGGGAAACCUGUGGGCCUAUCGACCUACCUGGAGAAUCAAAUUGCACCUAUUUCAAGAUCUAUACAACUGGAGAAAACAUUGUCCUGUUUCACAAAGUGCCAGCAAAGAAUUUGACUGUAAUCACUGCCAUGCUGGCCACCUUCAGUCUUUUUCUGAUGGUGAUGGGAGCUCUUUGCAUUAUCAUGGCAUUAAACAAAGGCGUGCAGUUCUUCCUGAAGCCAGCCUCAGUAUGUUUCACAUUAUCAGGUCUCCUGGUUUUCCUGUCUAUCAUCAUUUUUCAUCAGUCAGUCCUUUCAUUUUUAGCAAGUGACCACUCCAUACCAUUGCACCAUGAACUGUCAUGGUCAGUAGCAUGUAUGGGAUGUGCUGGCGCCUUACUAGUAGUUGCAGGGGUUUUACUCCUUCUUCUUGCUCUACCAUACAGUUCUUGGGGAAAAUGUCUGCCUAACAGGAACACUGCCAGCUCGUGACACAGACCCUUUGUACAUUUUUGCUACUGAUAAAUUCACUUUUCAGUGCAGUGAACAAUUUGGCUUUAUCUUAACUAAGUAAAAUAAGCUCUUUGGGAAACAAACAAACAAAAAACAACAUAUUGUUUAUUGGUGUUUUUUUUCAGAUAAUGUACAUUUAUGAGAUUAUGAGACUUAAUGCAAAUACUACAGUAAAUACUGAUAAUGAGUACAUUGGUUGUGUUAUAGUGUGACUACUGUUUUUGGCAAUGUACCAAUAAAGUGUAUUAAGAUUAAAGAAGGAUUAAAAUAAUCAUUUGUUUUUCAAUA